UUCUCCGCGUUAAUGCUUUCGGAAUCAAAAUUUGCGGCUUAAAUUAAAAAUGCUAUUAUUUUUCUCAUGAAAAAAUGGCUGUGCAUUUCCGGUUGUUGGUAGUUAAAAAAAAUUUUGUAGGUUAUUCUUGUACACUAUGGAAUUCACGAUUUAAAUCUUCAAUUGUGUCUCAAAAUUCUACUCAAACUGCGGAAAAUCCCGGAAGUACGCCGCAGAGAGAUCCUUUAGAUCUUUCAUUUGAAAACACAAAAAAUGCUUUUAAAAGUAAAACGACGUGGGAGUUAUUUAGAGCCUAUUUGGUUCUGAAACUAUCGACUUAUUCUUAUUUAGUUGAAAAUCAUGAAAAACUUAUGGCACAAGGCAAGAAGAUACUUGGCCCUGUCUUGUUUAAUUUUCUAAUGCGUCACACUUUUUAUGGCCAUUUUGUGGCUGGAGAAGAUGCUAAGUCCAUCCUACCAACCCUUGAAAGACUGCACUCCUUUGGGGUGAAAUGUAUACUGGAUUAUAGUGCAGAAGAAGAUAUGAGUGAAGAUCAAGUGAAGGAAGCCAUGAAAAAAUCCAAACUUUCAAGUCAAGAAGGACCAAAAACUGGAGAGUUAAAAAAAUAUAAGCCAUAUGAAGAAUUUGCUGAUCGAAGGAAGUAUCGUGCAAAGGCUCGAACUUAUUUUUAUUUAAAUGAAGCACAAUGCGAAAAGAAUAUGGAAAUUUUUCUCAAGUCCAUUGAUGCUGUUGCAGGUACUACCCGCUCUACUGGAUUUGCUGCUAUUAAAUUGACUGCUCUUGGACGUCCACAACUUUUGAUGCAGCUCUCGGAAGUGAUAGCACGCACACGGAAAUAUUUCAAAGAAGUGACUGGUGCUAAAAGUGAAGACAUAGUGUCUGAACAUGUUUCUCCCACUGCCAUUGCCACAAAGCUGGAAUACCACAACAUCAAGACUGACAAUGAAGAAGUGAAAAAAUGGUUGCAAAAUAUGGAUUAUGACAGAAAAGGGCUGAUGAAUAUGUUUUCCUGGUGUGGUCUUGUUGAUUUAAACUAUGUGAUGUCUGAUCUCUUUAAAGUGCCUAAUCUUCAGAGUGGAAAAAUGGAGCCUAUAAUCACUGCUCUCAAUCCAGAGGAGGAAGAAAUGUUUCAGAAUAUGAUGAGAAGAUUACAUCAUAUUGCUCGAAAUGCCCGAGAAAAAGAUGUCCGAGUCAUGAUUGAUGCUGAACAGUCCUACUUUCAACCUGCAAUCAACCGAAUUACCAUGGAGAUGAUGCGAAAAUACAACAAGAAAAAAGCUAUAAUAUUUAAUACUUAUCAAUGCUACUUAAAGGAAGCUUAUAAUAAUGUUGUUCUGGAUUUGGAACUUGCCAAAAGACAAGGAUUUUACUUUGGUGCAAAACUUGUACGAGGAGCUUACAUGGAGCAGGAACGAAUUCGAGCUAAAGAGAUAGGCUAUGAAGAUCCCAUCAACCCUACUUAUGAAGCUACCACUGAAAUGUAUCACACAACUUUUACAGAAAUUCUUAGACAAAUAGUUGAAGACAUGAAAACAGAAAAAGAAAAAAAAAUUGGAGUGAUGGUGGCCACGCACAAUGAAGAUACCAUAAGAUUCGUUGUGAAAAAGAUGGAAGAAUUGGGUAUAAAACCAGAGCAUAAGGUUAUCUGCUUUGGACAGUUGCUGGGCAUGUGUGAUCAAGUCAGCUUUCUGCUAGGUCAAGCUGGCUAUUCCGUUUAUAAGUACAUUCCAUAUGGUCCUAUUGAUAAAGUGUUGCCUUAUCUCUCUCGGCGUGCCCUUGAAAACCAUGGACUUCUUUUGAAAGUUGAUAAGGAACUGCGUCUUUUGAGGAAAGAAAUGUUGCGCCGCUUUGUCCGUGGGCAGUUCUUUUACACACCAAAAGGAAAUUAUGUGCCCAUAUGAUGUACUUUCACUGAUAUUUUUUAAAAGAGUCUCCAAUGCUUUGUAGAAUAUUGCUGUUUAGCCAUUUCAUUCAUAGAUAACAGCAAAAUGCUCAUUAUUUUUUUAGACAAAAAUAUAUGUUUUGAUGUAAUAACACAGUUCUUCUGAAGCUGUGUAGCAUAACUCUAAAUAAAACCAUGUGGUAGUUUGGGAGUCACAGAAAUUUUGGCACAGGUUUCUGGCAGUUUUUUUUUAUAUUCAUAUCAAAUACAGUUUUGCAAAUUGCCUAUUUAUAGAAUUUCAUUGCAAUUUGCCUAUCAUUAAUUGUUUUCUUAUAUGCAUGUUUCUAAAUGAUAUAAAAAAUUUUCAGCUGAAAUAUUUUCUGUAAUCUUUCUGUAGAAAGUUUUGAACUGAUAAAACAAAAGUACCACAAUAGUGAAUUUAAUAACUAAGACAUUCAAAUAAUUUUUAAGAAUAACAUUGAUUCUUUUUCAUUUUAUUUAUUUAGCAUUACCUCUUUUGAGUUGUGUUUUAUAAAAAAAAAAUGUUUCAUGUGUUUUUUAGCUUUUGAACAACUUAAUAUCAAAUUUAUUUAUUUUAAAAAAUAUAGCUAAUUAUUUUUCACAAGAAAAUUAUUAACUUUUUAAUAACUUAUUUCUUAUAAUAAUCUGCUGCUAACUCUACAAAAUGUGUCACAAAUAUGAGUGAAUAUAUCAAAGUUCGUCAGGUGCAUUGCUUCUAAAGGCUGUAAUAUUUUUAAUAAAUAUUCCGUAACUAUGAAUAAUAUGGCUGUUAUUAAAAAUUUCUAAUAUCAUUUGAAUUUAUGAUGUUUUUUAUCUUUUCAAAAGGUUGUAUUUUAUUAUUGUUAAAAUCCAUUUAUGUGCUAUGAGUCAAUAAAUAUAAUAAAUUGUCAUUUGU